AUGCCUAGAUUAAUAUCCUCUCUUUCCCGCAUCAUCAAAUUCAUCACUCUUUCAUGGCUCUCCCUGAUCGGUCUCUGGAUAUUCCUUCCAUCCCCGACAAUCCAUGAACAACGACAACACGAUGAAUACAUCCAGCAGGCUCUAACAUCUGGUAGCAUACUACAUACAAUCUACAGAUUUACGCCAUCCUUUUCCGCCGUACCUGAGCCCUUUCGACCAUAUGUGUCAGGCCCUGGUGGCUCUCUCCUUAUUGAUUGGAGACUUGUCUCCGACCCAGCCCAUGAUGACUCGGUGGCUCUGCUAGAGAUGGGUCGUGAUCUCCGAGUGCACAUUAACUUGACAGAAGCCAUUCUCAAGGUGCAGAAAAGGGACGAAGAAGAAAAAGCACUGCUAGAUGUUAAUCUUGAAAUCGACAAUCCUCCUCUCUACAUCAGUAGUGAAAUUACAGUGCAGGUCGAUGCCGGUGACGAAGAUCAUAUAAUCAAUAUGCCUUGGUUUCCCUGGUCGGAUGCAAUUCUCUUCCAGAAUAAAAUGCACGGUUUUACAUACGACGUGCAGCUACGAGUUGUAGCGCGUCGCGAGACGGGCACAGUGGAAAUCUGGAAAUCUGACACGCUGCUCGCAUGCGCGCGAAAGCAGGAAGAUAGUGAGACUCUUUUCAACAUCGACUUUGAUAAGAUAAGUCCAUCUGACCGGUCAGAUGGUCUUUUGGCAUCGUUCUCGAACAUUCAUCCCGCAGCAGAAGCAGAAACAGCAGCCCCAGGCGGUAUCAUUUCCACUAUCAAAGUCGCAGACAUGCAGAUGGCAGAGCUACCAUCAAAAACAUGCAGACUUCGCACUUUGAUUCUCAUCCCACUCGCCCCGUCUAUGAUCGUUAUACUUUACCUAUUACUCGAUGUGUUCACUCCGCUGCUUUUUCCGGUGUUGCUACCCAUUCUGGGCGCCUAUAUAAUUAUUGUGUUGAUAUGCUGGGCAUAUUAUAAUUUCCAUUCUCGCUACAACGCCACUUCCCGAUAUGACCAUGAAUACGGUAGUGCUGCUGCUGCUGAAAAUGGGGGAUUUGCAGAUUGGUGUUCGAGGUUUUGGAUGACGCGACAUGUGUAUUGUUUUCUGUUCUAUUGCUGUUGUUACUGUCGUUGUUGUUUGGCGAGGUCGAGACGUGGUCGCAGAGAUUAUUAUCACUAUCAUCGUUAUUGGCCUGGGGAAAAGAGUGAGAAGCAUAGAGGGAGGGUUGUCAUUUGGGGACCGGCUGGUCCUGUAUAUGAGGAAUAA